AUGGAGGAGGCGGUAUGUGUCAGAAACAAGAACUUUUACUGGGAAAACAAGUUGUUGAAGGUUGAAGAUGAGCUCUUCUGUGCGCCGAGAUAUCAGUUCAUCAAACAAUCAGAGACGUUCAGAGCCAUGUUCACAUUGCCCCAGGCAGAUGCUAAUGCAGUUGAAGGCAAUACCGAUGACAGGCCCAUUCGUUUACACGGCGUCAGCAAAAUUGAUUUCGAGCGACUGUUGAAUUUCAUGUACCAUCUGUAUGGUUUCCGCUGCUCGAUUAUACGAUUGAUCUCAUGCAUGUCUAGGGACAUUCCUUCUGUGUCGACAAGGCUGCUGGAGGAAUGGAUCUCGAUCUUGAAGCUCUCUACGAUGUGGGUAAUGACAGAGAUACGCAACAGUGCUAUCUUUCAUAUCAUCGAGCGCCAUCAGGAGGUAGAAGUGGUAGAGCGGAUCACCUUGGGAAGAAGUUGUGACGUCCCAGCGUUGGUGAGGUCUGGACUCGUCACUCUGGUCAACCAAGCCGGAGGAGUUUCUGAGCGGCAAGCAGUGCUUCUUGGUUGGGAAACGGCGCUACGCAUCCAG